ACUUACCCUGUUACACGGUCUGCAGGGAGCCAUGGCUGCAGCAGGGAAUCCUUUUAAGAGCCUCCAAGAUGAAGUUACUUGCUCCAUCUGUCUGAGUUUUUUCACGGACCCAGUGACUAUAGACUGUGGGCACAAUUUCUGCCAAGCCUGCAUCGCCCAGUGCUGGGAGGGAUCAGACACAGACAUCUCCUGCCCUCAGUGCAGAGAGACCUUUCCCCAGAGGUCCAUAAAGCCGAACAGACAACUGGGGAACUUUGCAGAAAUAGCCAAGCAGCUGAGUGUCCCAGUAGCAGCAGGAGAUUUGUGCCACGCGCACCAGGAGCCUUUCAAACUCUUCUGUAACCAGGACCAAGUUCUCAUCUGUGUGAUCUGCAGGGAGUCCCAGGCUCACCGCGCUCACAUGGUGGUCCCCAUAGAGGAGGCUGCCCAGGAGCACAAGGAUCAAAUUCAAACCCAACUGAACACCCUGAAGCAAGAGAGAGAGGAACUUCUGGAGUGGAAACAGGAUGGAGAGAUGCAAAGCCAGGAAUAUCUGGGAAAGAUAGAAGCUGAGAGGCAGAAGAUUGUGUCUGAAUUUGAGCAACUGCGGCAAUUCCUGGAGGAACAAGAGCGACUCCUGCUGGCCCGGCUGGAAGAGUUGGACAAGGAAAUUGUGAAGCUACAGGAUGAAAAUGUCACCAAACUGUCUGAGGAGAUUUCCCGUCUCAGUGACUUGAUCAGUGAGAUAGAAGAGAAGUGUCAGCAGCCAACAAGCCAAUUCCUGCAGGACAUCAAAAGCACCUGGAGCAGGUGUGAGAAGCUGAAGUUCGAGAAACCAGUGGCCGUGCCAGAGGACCUGAGAGAGAGAGUCGGCGUCUCUUCCCAAAGAAAUGUUUGUCUGCAGGAGGCUCUGAAGAAAUUCAAAGAGACCCUGCCCUAUCAACUGCACUUUCUGGUCUCAAAGGCAGAGAAAGAGGUGCAGGCCACUCCGGAUCCAGACCUGGCAAAUCCUUGUUCCAUCAUGUCCACAGAUGAGAGUGUGAUACAGAAAUACCAAGACAUGGGAUAUUUAGUGCCAGACAACAGGUUUUACCCUGCUCCCUGUGUACUGGGCUAUACGGGCUUCACCUCAGGGAGAUGUUACUGGGAAGUGGAGGUGGGGAACAAAGAUUUUUGGGUUUUGGGCAUUGCCAAAGAGUCUGUGACACACGAGGGAGCGAUAAGCUGUACACCAGAGGAGGGGAUCUGGGCUUUGCAGAGUACAGGGAAUGAGUACUGGGCCCUCACCUCCCCUAUGACUACUCUGGCCCUACCUCAUAGCCCCAGUAACAUUGGGGUUUAUCUGGAUUAUGAAGGGGAGAAAGUUACAUUUUAUGACAUUACAUCUUCUGGCAGAGAGCCAAUCUUUACUUUCACAUCCUCUUUCACUGGGAAGAUCGUCCCCUUCUUUGGGAGCCGGUGUGUCCAAUUUCUGAGUGGGAAUGCAUAUAGUUCGCUGGCAUGUGUACAAGGUAACGCUGGACUCUACGGCUCCAGCCAGAACCAGCACAGCCAGGGCGAUGGAGGCCAGGACCCAGAGGGGCAGGGGGCCCUUCUUCCCAGGGGCUGUGGAAUGGAGAAGGGCUCAGGUCACCGAGGGGAGCACCCGCUGGGCCAUCCUCCUGGGGCAGCCACAGGCCUUUGCCUGGAACCUCUCCCCAAGGGCCUCUGCAGAGACCUGACUUCCAGAGGAGAGGAAAGUCUGAGCCAGGAGGUGGACAGGGAUGUGGCACAAAGGCUGGGCACUCUGCCAGGCACUGCCAGCCAUGCACAUCACACAGCAGCUGGGCCUUUCACUUGUAAUGUCAUCAGCCUGUGGAACUCACUGUCACUGGAUACCAUCAGAUUCUCUGAGUGA